CUAUGGCGUCUGCGCUUAUGCGGGCUGGUACAUAUCAGCGCGUUAAGGCGCUGAUUUAACGGUUGAUAUUAAUAAUUCGCUCCUCGCAUAGUGAGCUCGGACGUGAAUGCACAACCACUUGCAUCUGUGGACGCCAUUCUGUUCAACGCAGCUAAAUGAGCGACGGAGAGUGGCCACAACCCCGGGAGCCGGAAGAUCGCCAACUUUCGUCGAGCGACGCUCAGCCAACAGCCAGUAUACCUGAACCUGAUGGUGGAGAUGCUGGCGACAGCGUUGAAUAUGACGCCCCUGAUUUUGACACUAAUGAUGCCGCCAAUGGAUCCGAUGAUGAAAAUGGAAUCCUUUGCAAAGUGGAAAUGGUGGAGGGGGACGAGGAGCUUCGCGAGUUCGGGGAGGAAAUGGACGAGGGCCCACGGAUCAAGCACACGUGCCCCGACUGCCCGUUCGAGACAUACGUGGGCUCCAGCCUUGCGCGGCACCGUCGCAUGCAUGCCCGCCGGCCACUGUCGUGCCAUCUCUGCGAUGCACACUACCUCGACCAGACGUCCCUUGCGAGACACCUGCGGACUCACGAAGGUGGCCAAGAGGCGCUGUUUCCCUGUCCCGAGUGCGGCACUCACUUCACUCGCCGAGACACCCUUGAGCAGCACAUGAUAAUGCACUCACAGCCUGAAAAACCUUUCAAAUGUUCCAUCUGCCAGGAAUCCUUCAUGACCUACAAGGAGAUGCAGGCCCACAAAUCAGGACACGGGCGCAAGGCUCCCUAUGUCUGUGAGGUAUGCGGCAAGGGCUACCUGCAGCUGAGCACCCUAGUCGAGCACCGCUUCAGCCAUGAGGAAGAGCGACGGUUCCCGUGUGAGCUGUGUGGCAAACGCUUUUUCUCCUCCAUGGCCCUGAAACGCCAUGGCCGUGUGCACACCGGCGAGCGCCCAUUUCGAUGCCUUACCUGCGGCCUGAAUUUCGCCAUCAGGGCCCACCUCCUUGCCCACAAGCGCACGCACACGGGGGAACGACCCUUUCCGUGCCCCUCGGAAACAUGUCCGCAGGCAUUCAGCACUUCAUCGGCCGCCAAGCGGCACUUCCUCAACAUCCAUUCCAAGGAUUCGCAGAAGAAUGCAAAAAACCGAGGACAGCAGGCAUCUGGUGGUGAUGGUGAAGGUACUGACGGAGCAGGCGGAACAGAUAAGCCAGCGGUGCAGGUACAACACAUUUGCAAGCAGUGCGGAGCCAGCUUUCAGUCCCGAGCGGGCCUGGCAGGCCAUGAACGGGCGCACAUUGUGUUGCGGCCGUUCUCGUGCCCCGUAUGUCCGCGCUCUUUUGCAAGUACAGGUGCAGCUUCCAGACACCUCCGCAAGACCCACAACACGACGGCUACAGCCAUUCGACAGUCAGUGGUGCGCUACGAGCCAGUGGGACCGGCUCUGUCUUCGGCUUAGCGAUCGUAACAAGAGUGGCUGUAAGGGAAAGACUGUGUGUUUGCAUGUGAGAAAGAGUUUUUCUUUAGUGUGUGGGAAAGUCUGUAUGAAUUUGUAGGCGUUUGUUGAAUGAAGGUUUGGUGGCUGGAGAAACCUGUGGUGUGCAAUUUGGCUGUUGUAAACCAGAGGUAUUUCUGGGGCCAUGUCAGGAGACUAAAGUGAAUCAAUAAUAUGCCCGCAUUUUGUUGAGUUAGUGCUCUGGACUGAAUGCCUGCUUGAAAUUGUAGCUAUAUUAAAAAAUUUUACUCAGUAAGCUUUAUAAAAAACCUAUCAUGUAGGGGUACCUAAACUGAUGAAAAGGCAAACAGAAAUGUCAUACCAGUCACUUUGAUUAAAGAUGGAGGACAGCCUCAUAAUUAAGAAACUUGUGACUAGCUGCAGUGGUUACAGUGCUCAGCUGCUGACAUUAAAGACAUGGGUUGAUCCGAGCCGAAGGCAGCCAGAUUUUUAAAGGCAACUUAGUAGAGGCCCAUGUGCCUGUCGGUUAAGGUGCAGUUCAAAGAAACUGAGGCAGUCGAAAAUUUCUGGAGGCUUCCACUACGUCAAGUCUUAUAAUGUUCUCAUAGUUCGGAUACAUAAAACUUGUGACUUUUUACACGGAAUGUUUAAGGAGAUGCUGAUACAAACAUUUUCAGCUGUCACCAUUUUAUUUUAAUUUUUUUUCCCCAUCAUAUGAAAGGACAAGCCCUCAAGAGCCUAUAAAUGGUAAAUGUGAGUGCACCCAACAUGUUCGUGAAAGCUAGUUUUGCUUCCUACUGUACCCUGAUGUGACGACAUGUUAUGGGCUUCUCAUCGAGUGCUCGUGCAAAAUAUUGUGGCAAUUUCCCGGCUGCCAUUUUAUGGCUACCGCGGUGCUGUUGGCAACACGCAAGUGGCCGUUUUGUAUAUUAUGGUACCCGACAACAUCACAACUAGCCAGAAUGGUGCAUCAGCAGAAUCAAUAUGGUAGCCUGACAUCAUGCUAGUGUCAAUGUCAGUAGUGCCAUGCGAAAAUUUACUUUAAUGUCAAAAAUAAUGUCAAAAGAAAGCAUCACACUUGCUCAGAGCUGUCUCGGAAUAUUGGACAUUUAUAUGGCAGAGUAAACUCAGCUUUGAGAAUUGGUGUGAGUAUCUCUUUGAGACUUCACAUUGUGCCCCUGAGCUGAAAAAUUCCAAUGUGCUAUUAAUACGCAAGACAGGAGUCGUAGAAGACUUUAAAGAGACCGACAACUGGCCAGAAUGAGUGAUUAGAUCUUUGUAGAAAUGAAAGAACGAUGAACUAUAGCGACCUGUUUCGGCAUCCUCUUCCUCUUGCGAGCAGGAUUUGUAUUUUUAAAUCGUGUUUAAAAGUAACAAAACACUGGUACGCCACGCAGCCUUGCGGAAGAGCCUUGAAGCUGGAUUAUGGAGUUGAUUACUUUGAUUUACGUAGUCACAUGGUCUGAUGCUGUCGUGCUCACUGUAAGUAGUCUCCAAAAUUCAUAUUAUUAUCCAUUCCCACUUUAUUCUAUGUUGAUCUAUGUAAAAGUAGUUGCGUGGUAAAAAGCGAUGUUGCCUUUGCGUGAUAAAAAGCGGUGUUGGAAGGGUCAAUAGACCCUUCCAAGCCCUAGCGCAUGCACGCAGAGUGCGCGCAUAUGCAGUGCACCUCCACGCAUGAACACGAACCACUGUCUCACUCACUGUUUGUAGCAUGUGUUGUAACAUGUGUAUAUGACCUCAUAUUUACCACAGAUAUGAAAAUUUUAUUUGUAAUGUUUUAUGGCAUUUUCUAUGUACCAUUCCAUGAUUAGACACUCUGACCAGUAAGCUUUCUGUUGCAUGCUAAAGAAAAUAGGUGCCAUAAGAAACCAUCAUCACUCCCUUUAAAUAUUAUAGUAGAUCUGACAGUUUUCUUUCAGUAUAGUACGAAUUAUUCAUGACUGUAAUCUUUAAUAGGACAAGAGAAGCACUUGACUUUAAUCAACCUAGUGAGCAAGCGACCUUCAGAAGAGGAUCCUCUCAUCAAUCAAAGCCAUAUUGUUGCGCCCAUAGACGAACACAAUGAAGACUACAGUGAACGCGCUUGCCGCUCCGAGUUAGAAAGAAAGAAGAGGAUCAGGAGGAUCUUUACUAGUCGAUCACUUCUGAGCUCACCCUCAUGACCUAAUAAAUGGCCCCUUUCAGCCUUUGACAGUCUUCUUCAAGCGUAACAGAGUGGUGGAGGUGCGGGGUAAGUGAUUUCAACUGCCGAAUCAUCCCUACUACAGCUUCGACUAAGCCGUCGACUUGCUGGCCUCCCACCAUCUGCCAAGAGUGCCUUCGACAUGCCCGAAGAAACAGACGUUCCCAGGACACCACCCUCUGGUGCGCUUCCGUACUACCGAGUUCCACCACCCUUCAGAGGAAAACCGCAGAAGAUGUCGACGUGUGGCUCACCAAGUAAAAGCGAGUGAGCAAAUUCAACGGUUUGGAUACAUCUGCUCAGCUAACCAACGUGGUGUUCUCUCUGAACGACGCCACACUGGUGUGGUCCAAGAACUACGAGGACACACUAACGAAGUGGGACCUUUUCGUUGAAGAGCUCAAGGCGUGUUUCAGCGACUCCGUUACUAGAAAAAAAAAGCAGGCUAAGCAAACACUGUCGCAACUUGCACAGCUACCACCAACACCACUUACAUCGAAGUGUUAAAGUUGUGCAAGGUGGUUUGCGCUACCAUGCCGGAAGAGAACAAAAUCGGUCAUCUGCUCAAAGGAAUUGCUGAGGACGUGUACAGUUUUCUAAUUGAAAAAGAAAGCCUCAGUUCUGUGUUCGACGUCAUUCGGAAUUGCCGAACGUUUGAAACGCUCAAGAUGCGUCAGAUUUUGCCCAAGUUUGGUCGGCUGGCUAAUGUUACAAUUCUUGCCAGUGUGAACACAAAUGCUGGUCUCGACCUCUCUUCUACAAUUUGACAGAUUGUUUGCGAGGAAGUGUCCCACCAAAAAACGUCUUGCUCGACAGCUGGCCAUCCCGAGCUGUGUAUGCCACGUGAGGCCAUGACUGCGCGUGCUUCGACCCCAUGGCAACUGACGAUGAGCGCCGCAACUGUGGAGUACAGCCCAGCCCCACAGUUAAGGAUCACAACCCUAUUUUCGCUUUGCGGUGUGACCGACGCUCUCAGCGCAUGUCUCUUUGACGCUCGAUGUCUUGUUACCACGUACCCGACCAGUAUUCCCAUUAUACCAAGAACAAAUGACGAUGUUCGUUUUAUCGAUGAGCGACCGACGUUUUGACCUCUGCCGGUGUGCUAUUCCUGCAAUGUUCAGGACCACAUAUAGCGGUUUUGCAACUGUCGGGCGACUCCUUGGUAUGACCAGCCAUCCAACAUCUCACGAUCCUCUGAACAGCCUGAUGGUGUCUUGCGGCCAGCCCACAUAGCCCCCUGGUGACAACUAUUGGCCCGAAAAAAUUCCGCAACUACUCCUCGGCAUCUGACAAAAGUUUGAUGCCUUCAACGCAACCUCAUAGUCAUUGUUCUCCUUUGCCGCUGCGUUGUCUUUUUCAGCUUCCUCUUCGCCACCGAAAAACUAGCUUGUGCGGCUGAUGGGGGUGAAGUCGCUGGAAACGUGCUCCUGACAGAAAUACCUCCUGUGUUGAUGUUUAAAAACUAAGUACGAGUUUUUGUGAAUGAUGUGUCUGUGAUGGCCUUGGUGAACGCAGGGGCGGCGAUUUCCGUGAUGAGACGUGUUAGGGCGGAAAGUUGUUUUUACGUGGGAUGAAACUUCGAAGUCCUGUGAAGUUAGUGGAGAGCCGUUGUACCCUAUUGGUGUGUGUAGCGCUAAGGUAUUUUUGUGAGGCAUUUUUAUAACGACAGAGUUUGCGAUUGUUUCUCAGUUGACCCAUGAUGUCAUUCUGAGCAUGGACUUCCUGCGAGAAUAUAGUGCCACUGUAGAUUGUCGCAUGGGGAAAUCCUCCGUGAGUCGCCAGAUGCCGUCAGAACUUGUGGAAACCCCUGCAAACGAUGAAGCUACGUUGUAUGCCUGUGGCGAUACACUCAUACCUGUGUCGGUCUACUGUACGUGCCCCUGUUGCUUGUCACAGCACAGAUUCGGACAGCUUUAGUGCAAGCGUAAAGCCAAUGCACAUUAACUACGUGAAGAAGAAUGUGUUGGUUCCCAAUUGUGUGGUGUCGAUCGAUGGUGGAUGAACUGGCCUAUGGACUGUAAACUGUUCCUCAGAGCUGGUGACAAGACGGUUUGAAAUUAGCAGCUUCGGUUAGCAGAGAAUGUGCGACCUUAUCAGUGCCUGAGCUUACAGAUGUGCCGGAAGAACAUGGCAGAACUGGUUGUCACAGUUCGGAAGGGGUGCAUAUGGCAUUGAUAAUUAAGUCGCUUAGCUCAGACGAACGCCGAACUUUCAUGGACUUUCGGUAUUUGUCUUUGCGCUGAAGAACAAAAUAACCCCCAUCUCCAUGUCUCAAAUGUGCCAUACCAUCAACACUGGUGGAAAAAGUCUGAUUCGGCAAAAACCAUAUCAUGUUUCCCCGUCAGAGCGACAAAUUAUCAUCAAUCAAGUGCAGGAAAUGAUGGAAAAGGGAGCGAUACACGACUUGUCCAUGGGCAGCACCGGUAAUUCUUGUUAAGAAGAAAGAUGGAUCUUGGAGAUUCUGUGUCGACUAUUGCCGACUGAAUGCUGUGACUAAAAAGGAUGUAUACCCACUGCCACGUAUAGAAGACGCAAUAGACUGCUUGCAUUCUGUUUGUUAUUUUUCCCCCCGUAGACUUAUGAUCCAACUAUUGGCGAAUUCCUAUGCAGCCAGAGAACAAGGAAAAGACUGCCUUUGUAACUCCUGAUGGGCUCCUUGAAUUCAAUGUGAUGCCAUUUGGACAAUGCAAUGCUCCGGCAAUGUUUGAGAGGUUUAUGGAUACCAUUCUGCGUAGCUUGAAUUGGAACAUCUGCGUGUGCUACCUCGACGACGUCGUCAUCUUUGGCAGCACAUUCAGCGAACACAACUCCAUCUGGAUAUUAUUUUGAAGUGCAUCCGAAAUGCUGGCCUAGUUUUAGACUCAAAGAAAUGCCACUUCGGAGGCCGCUAAACCCUUGUGCUUGGACAUCUCGCUGAUAAGGAUGGCAUCCGGCCUGACCCCCAGAAUACGGCAGUCUGACGCGUUCAGGGCUUUGCGUUCUGUCAAGGAGCUCUAUAGUUUCCUGGGACUUCCGCCGCUCUAUACCGAAAUUUGCCGACAUCUCGUAUCCUCUCACAAGCCUCUUACAAAAGUAUAAUUCCUUUGAAUGGACUCUGGAGUGUGAUUCUUCAUUUCGUCAAUUGAAGUUUGUGCUGACGUCGCGACCCGUCCUUCAGCACUUCAGUCCUUGUGCUCUGGCAGAACAUCAUACGGUUGCUACUGGCAUAGGUAUCGAAGCCGUCCUAGUCCAAUGCUACGCUGACUGAGAAGACGUUAUCGCAUACACAAGUCGCUCCCCAAGCAGGCCAGAGCGAAAUUACACUGUCACGGAACAAGAAUGCCUGGCGGUAAUAUUUGCAAUUCAGCGGUUUCGUUCUUACCUGUAUGGACGCUCCUUUACAGUUGCCACUGACAACCACCCUUUGUGUUGGCUUGUCAACCUUCGUGACCUUUGCGGCCACCUUGCGCGUUGGGCACUCUGGCCGCAAGAAUACAGCUUUAUUGUCGCUUACAAGAUUGGUCGCUGACAUGCCACUGCGGACUGUCUUUCACGUAUGCCACUUAGCACAACGGACUGUGACGCCAAUGACCUUGAUCACCUUAUAGCGUCUGUAUAGCCUAUUUUCCCAGAUUACCACAGUUUGAAAGCAGGACAGCAGAAAUCCGUUGGGAUUUAUGUGGCCAGCUGCAUGCAAUGUCAGCAUAACGAAUGUUGCAUCUACUGCUCCAGCUGGUCUUCUGCAGCCAAUGCCAACUCCAAGCGCACCUUUCGAACUAGUGGGGAUUGACUUCCGGGGCCCCUUUCCAAAAUCAGCAAAGGGCAACCAAUGGAUGAUUGUUUGCGUUGACCAGCACACACCCUACUGCGAGACGGCGGCCGUCCCCUUCGCAACUGCCAGUGAAAUUUCGUUGUUCUUGCUACAAUAUGUCAUCCUCUGACACAGCCCAUCUCGCCUGAUCAUCAGCAAUCGUGGACGACAAUUCAUUGCGGAUGUAGUGGAGGAGCUGCUUUGUUUGUGUGAAUCCCACCUGCAUCACUCGACACCAUGCCACCCCCAAAUGAAUGGCCUGACGGAGCGUGCCAACCGCACAAUUAUCAACACGGUGUCUAUGUAUGUCUCAUCCGACUACAAGAACUGGGAUGACGUACUCCCGAACUGGGAUGACGUACUCCCAUUCGUUACGUACGUGUUCAACAUCGCAAAGCACGACGCUACAGGUUAUAGCCCUUUUUUUUGCUAUAUACCCGUUCGCCCCAGUACACAAUCAACACAGUCUUACCUUUCUGUGAUCACGACAAUGUCACUGUUGCCGCGAUCCUUUGCCUCGCCAAAUAUGUGCGUCGCAUAGCUCGACUAUGCAUAGUGGCAUCGCAAGACAAAGCGAAAGCACGCUAUGAAAUUUACCACCCACCUGUGACUUAUCACCGUGGUGAUUUGGUGCGAUUGUGGAUUCCCAUGCCAAGCACGGGUUAUGCCAAAAGUUUUGGCCAUUUACGAUGGACCUUUUGUCAUUGUCGACAGACUAACAGAGGUCAUCUAUGUAAUAGCUCGCCUCAUGGCGAAUGGUCGACGAGCUGCCAAGAUUCAAGUGGCUCAUGUUGUAUUCCUGAAAUGAUACACGCCGAGACAACUUGAUUGACUCGUCCGGCGGCCUUCGUCUGCAUGGAGAGGAAUGUUGCACACAUGCGCGAAGACAACAAAAACUACGAUGAACUCGCUCGCUGCUCCGAGUUAGAGAGGAGAAGAAGAGGAUCAGGAGGAUCUCUACUAGUCGGCCGCGUCCGAGCUCACCCUCACGACCUAAUAAACAGCCCCUUUCAGCCUUUGACGAUAUCCUUCAAGUGUAACAAUAUGAUGAAUCAAGUAAUUGAAAAAUAUGCCAAGUGCAACGAACCUCUUUCAAAGGCAACAAAAAGGCAUUCGACUCUGCAAAGAUACCAACAGUUCUGGAGGCAAUGCAUUGCAAACGGCUACUUCAGACUUAUGUGAACACCACAGCCAACAUCUGCCAAGAUUUUCACAGGUACCCUGCUUCUCCAUAGGAAAGUGAAAAAAUUGCAAUCAGUAGAGGGAUCAGGCAAAAAUAUAUAAUCUAUCCGAUGCAGUUAAUUCUCUGUAUGCUUUAAAAUGUUUAAAGGGAAAUGUGAAACAAAGUUCAUGCGAUUUUGGCUGGUAACAGACAGAAAUGAAGAUUAAUGGGGAAUAUUAUGGUGACUUAUGGUUUGCAAGUAAUGUGGCGCAUCCACAGGGGCCCUGCAGCUCUUAGCCAAGUAGCCAUGGAAUUCCUCCAUCAAAUGAGUUUAUCGCCUUACAAAUCUGCUAAUGCAGAAGAAUAUUUUUGAAUCGGUCAGGCAUGAGAAGAACUGCAGAAAUUUGUUGCACGCUGUAAUUGUUUACCGUGUUCUCUCGUCCAGACCAUAAUGCUGGAAGCUAAACAGAGAGGAAUGGUAGGAGGGAAGAAGUUACGUCACAUGCAUGCCAUGACUUUGGGCACUUGUUUCUUUUUCGCCGGCUGAUGGACCCUUUUCAUAAUUUCCAAGUGCUCUUCUCUGCACUGCAUGUUUGCUCAAGUAAUGGCGGUGCCUGUUGUGCUUUAAGUGGCGACGCGGUCCUAGUUGAACGCACUGGGGCUUGUAUAUUAUGAGUUUUUAUAUCAAGAGAGCUGGCUCGACAUUUUUGACUUCAUUGCAUAAGCAAACAGCGCUUGAACAGGCUAUUUGCAGUAAAUGACUAGCCGCCAUUAGUUGUUCAAACUGCACAGCAAGAAAGCUAACUUUACAAUAUUGAAAAUGGCCUAUUGCGAGCAUGCGUGCGGGUACAUGGUGGCCUCGCUUCCAUGCUGCUUUGCUGCGCUGUAAUAUUUGGCCCCAUGUCCUCACGAGCCUCAACUACUGAUCAGCCAUGUUUUCUGACUGUACUGAAAAAUUGUUGCAGGGCCCCUUUAAGCAAUUGUGGCAAUAAAUUGCUAAAAAUAAUUGAAGCCCCAAACUGAGUUGCAAUGACUUAUAUAAAACUUGUCGCUUUUAAGAGGGAAAACUGGACUUACAGACAUUUUAAGAGGUGGAAUUGUUAUGUGAUGCCCUAGGCUCUUUCUUUUUUUUUUUUCAUUAGUAAAAUGAGCAAAUUUUUCAACAAUAAGAGCAUCAGAGUUUACAAAUCUUUAAUUAUGCAUCAGAAAAGGCUAGGCCAGUCUUCUAGAUUGCAACUGUUGGAGACAAAUGUGGUAAGGGGCUUGCAGCUUAUACAAAGUUGCUACCAUCAUAAACACAGCAUGACUGACAUGCUCCCAAAUUAGUAAUAUACACUAGAAGGGUUUAUGAGGCAUCAAAUUUGCACAUUUUAGCUAUAUAAAUAGAUGCAGCUUACACAAAUGUUACUUUUAUUUGUUUCAGUGUCGCAGAACUCUAAACUCACUUCUUUUUCCCUUUUUUUCUUUAGUUCUGCUUUUUUGGAAGGGUUUUCACAAUAUUAGGGGUCAAAAUCAAAAUAUGCUUUUUACGGUAUCUCCAACAUUCAACAUCCCCCAGGAAACUUGGUGGAGUAGUUUUUUCGUGAAAAUAAUCUCUCCAUUUCCAAGUAUUUAACACGGGAAGCUAAGUUAAAGAGCUCCCUCCCUAAGGGCCCCUCAUGAAGUUUUACCACUUCAGGCAAGCAAGCACAGCGCAUGUAUUAUGCAUUGGCAAUUGCAUUUGCUAAGUGUGAAACUGCUGUGUGUACGGUAAAAAUCGUCAAUGCAGGGCUGAAGUUCGAGUUAGAGAAUUCAAUUUGGAUGCGCAAAUGCCUCCGCGUAAGUCGCGUUAUUUGCAAUGUUGCAUAACGUGGCAUGUCAGUGACCGACUGUUACUGAUUACAGCAUGUGACUGACACUCGCUGAGUGUGGCGUGUGACUUCGGUUAACUGUCCAAUGUGGAACUCCCGAUGCCAACACAAGAAAUUUCUUGUGUGGUAUAAGAAAAAAAGGUGACAAAUAAAACAGGUGAGGCUCGUCAUUCAAAUGUGCCACUGUCUCUUGAGUUGAGGCAGGCAAGGAAUGAAUGCCGUAUCCGAUUGCUAGUCGAGACAAAAGGGAACACACACUUUUUUCAACAUUGAUGCUCUUCCUUUGCGGCAUGAUAAUGGGACAGCUUGAUAUCUUUCAUCAUCUGCAAGUGUGAGCAUAUUAAAAAAAUUGUUUCAGUUAACUGUUUCCUACAUAUGGUGCCUUACGACUACCACCAUACUACAGUAAUUUGUGAUGGCACUUGGUGAGGGGCCCUCUAAUGUCGAUAUAUGAAGAGCAAGUGUGUAUGCAUGGGCAACUUUUGGGUGUGUGUGUUCCUGUGUGACACAGUAGUUGCUGUGUUACUAUCUGGUUUAGUUCGACUGGGGUCUUUUUAGUGAAUGGCACAUGUGACAAAUACGAAGACGAAGACUGCUGUGUAUGUGUAAUCACAGGUUGAGCUGUUGUUGGAAUGUAAGGAUAGCAUUUGUAUCAAAUCGUUCUUGUGUUAUGUGGUGUAAAAGUCUUGAAAAUAAAUUGUUGGUAGGGCAAUGCCAAGGAACAAGGUAUUGCAGACGAAAUGUCUGCAAGUGCAUGAGAUAAUGGUGUUUUGAACAUGGGACGCAUUCUGAUUGUAUUUUAUGCAUCAUAUUUUGCUUGAAGGUUCCUCUAUAUAUAUACUACUUGAAAUCGUGUUUUCUGUGCUGUCAGAAUAUUUGUUGCAGUUACAGUAGCUCGAAUGUAUCUUUUCAAAAGUGCAACCAACAAGUGACGAGCUUCAAGCUUCUUUGUGUCUGCUGCUUGUGUAACUGUAGAUGCUGCUACGAUUUACUUAUUGAAAAAAGUCACAAAUGUGCAUCAGUGCAGUUGACUUUCAUUAAUUCACUCAUGAUGGGAUUGACAGAAUGUUAUCAUCCUGAGAAUGCAGAAAAGAAAGUCUUGCUUCAUUACGUAACAGUAUGUACCCAGUUGUAACAUGACUUAAAGCUAAUUCAUUGCAGAGCUGGCUCCAUUAAGAUGAACAUACAAUAUUCUUAAAGUUGUGACACCAAGAAAAAAGCACAGUGAACUUGCAAAGUUUUUUGCUAUGGCCACCGAUGUCAUGAUCAGCAUCACACGGCAGAUUGGGCACAUAUGUCGAAUUAUCUGAGGGCACACUAAUGUAAUGAUAGUCUUGGCCUAUGUAAACAGCAUGGCUGGUGGCCAGCUUUUAAGGAGGGUGUCCAAUUAACUCGUGUUACAUUGACAAAAGUGUGCUGUUUCAUAUUAUCCCUUUACUAUAACAUAUCAUUACCCUGACACAUUCUUUUAGGCUGGUAUAUGUUUUGGUGGCGUGACCUUAUUGUUAUUAUUAUUUUUGCUUCGUAUUCCACAAGCAGGCCAAGUGAUGCAGUUUUGCAGUAUUGAAGUGAAUUGCCAUGCAGUAUGCACAUUUGAUGACGAGAGUCUAGUCUCUUAACCAGCUUGGGCACAAGUCAUACUGUGAAUAAGCUGGGGAAUCUCUCUUUCUCUCUUUUUAUCUAUCUAUUUUUUUUUUGCAUUAAAAUCAAACUUAUCACUUCACGGUUGUGUGUGCGACAUGCUUUAGCUGUUGUGAACUAUAUCCACUUGGUUGGUCUCAGGCCUCCAUGUUAUGUACACGACUAUAAACUAAGUGGUCCUAUACUAUUUCUUGCUAAUUAAAUUCAGUUGUGUUGGAUUCUGUGUCACUUGAAGGCACUCUAAGUAAAAUUUGAAAAUGGGUGUAGCUAUUCUAACACUAUGUGAAGUUUAUGGAAGAUUAAGAAACUUGGCUGUCUUGCACCGGAAUCACCUAAGUAGCAUUCUGCCACUGCACACUGUUAUCUUUCUCUUAUUUAUCUUCACGAUGCAUGCUUGCAUGAUUUUUUGCAAAGAACUUGGAGGCUGCUUCUUCUUUGAGUCGUUAAGAAAAAUCCUUGAAGAAAAACACAGUUCAACAACCUUAGCACUGCUCUCGCCAAUUUCUGGCCAACAAAGCCAAGUAGGUGAAAGCUGAACGAUGCAACUGGGUGUACAGGUGGGGAGUGAAGACUGUUGAUUAGAAAUAUAGUUGAUGCGACAUUGGUGUUGGAUAAUGCUAAUGUCAAUAUCGUGUCAGUGUUGUAUUCAGUGUCCCCUGAAACAAAGGUCAUGCGAUAUUGGCAUUCUUAGGAGCAAUAGUUUCAAUUCACAUGGUGAAAAAAAAUGUAUUCAAAUCACAGAUAAGAGAAAACUAGUGAUACAUCAAGGUUAAAAAAACUGUUGCUGUAGUUAUGACAAAGUGCAUGCUGCAAGCUAAUUGACCAUGUGUUGCGUGGUAUUGUUGAGACAAGUUUAUUUGUGAGUGGUGCUAUCACACCAUAUGUUGCUAAUUUUUUAAACCAACUUGGUGAUGGGUGUUGCAUGUGCAUGACUACUCAGUAACUGCUUGUCACUUCAUAGGCUUGUCAGUCAAUUAGAUGAUUACUGGACAGAUCAGGUCAUUAGCAGUGAUAUUAUGGGCCCUCAGAAAUGUUAUCACGUGAAAGGUUAUGUUGGUUAUACUGUACUGAUUUGCUUUUCGUUUUUGGUGCUUGUGCUCAUUACAUAUGAGAUUGUUAUAGGCCCAGUGAUGUAAGGAAGUGGGUUUCUUUGUUGUUGUUUUUUUCUGUUCUGAUAGCUUCCUCUUAUGUGUAAAAAAUAUUGACUUGGUAGACACACAUGCUCCGCACAUCUUAUCUGUGUUGUGUUAGCCACUGAAAUGAUUCAGCGAGUGGACGACUUUGCAUGCAUCAGCAUCGAACAUGCAACACAGGAAAGCAAUUCUAUUUUUUCUCCAAUAAGAUACGAGUGUUUUUGUGCUCUGGUAAGAGAUAUUAUGUUUAUGCCGCGGAAAUUGAGAACAUGAAACAUGUUUGCCCGGCUUACUCAGAUUUCUCGCAGACGCUGUUACCUUCUUGCUGAGGGUACGGCUAACCUUCAAGAGAGUUCCGGUCAUGCAACUCCUUCAUUUGCUCUGGGAAUAGCCAAGUAUUAAUCUUGGGCAUCCCUGGCUUUACUUCAGUGCAAAUCGAUGAGACUAAGACCUCAUUGACGAAAAGAACUCAUUAAUGUUGCACAGUUGUAACUAUACUUUGCUAUUUAACAGAAUAACCAUUAAGAACUCUUUCAAUUGGUUGAUGGAUGGUGCUGGAGUGAGAAUGAAAGGAAGUGAGAAGCUCAAUCUUUUUUCGGUUGGCCGGAGCCGUAGCAAACAAGCAACAUUUGUAAGUUAUGUUGUUUGCACUUACAUUUGAGAUACAGAAGCAUUACUACCACUGGAUUUUGGGUAACACUAUGGCCAAGGUUUUCCAAAAUAUUGCAUGGACAAGUAGUCUCUCAUGCACAGGCAAGAAUUCUAAAAAAUUGUUGUGUGGAAGUUGUGGAAAGUUGUGGAAGGUUUCAAUCAAUGUGCUAAAUUGAUCGGACACAUCAGCAAUGUGCAGCUGUAAUGAAAUACUUAGAUGUUUGAAGGUCCUUAAGCUUGAAUUGGUUUUUGUGGUAGAUAUUUAGAAAAAGCUGCUGCACUGAGUUGCUCGGCAUUCCUUUCACGCUUUGGUUUCCCUGCCCCAGCUCAUUUUUGGACUUGUUCUCGAGAACCUGCAUGUACGCACUUCACACUUGUGCAUUGGCAUGCCUUUUUAAGGUGCAAGCAAUGUAACCUCGGGAUGGAAAAGUUAUAAAGCUGUUACUGCUAUCUCUAAACAAUACUGCCAGGCCUCAUUAUUUGCCAGAUGCAUUUUUUCCCUUUAUUUUGCUAUCUCAUAAAUAAGCAAGAGGAUAGAAGGUAUAAUGUCAAGUGCAAUUUGUUAUGCCCGGCACACAAGGUAGAUGAUGAUGAUUGUUUGUGACAAAAAUACACCCCGAAAGAAAAUGGUGCAACUUUUUUUUUAGUGUCACGGUGUAAGGGCGGUGGUUAAGGAGGCCAGUGCCUGCACCAGGCACCAGUUCUAACCUUCAGUUGACCUCUUGUGACAUUGUUUAAUGCCCGUAACAGGGGAUAAAAAAAGAAAUUAUUGCUUGAUGUUUUGCCAUGCCUUUACAAAUCUAGUAAGUCAGCUUUUUUUUUUCUUUUUUUUAUCAUCCCCCAUUUUACACGAAAAUAGACUGCAGCUAGUCAGCUGUACCUUGUUUUAUAUUGCAAACACAAGCUGUGUAAAAGUCAUUGGUGUAAUCUUGUUUUUUCUAGCCUGGCUACAUUAAAGGAACACUAAAGAGAACUAUUUUUCUCCUAUCAGUAAAUCAAAAUUUCACUAUAUGAGAAGCGAAAACUCUUGGGAAGCAAAAAAAAAAAACACGAAAAAACUGAUUGCAACACGGCCUUAAUGUUUUCACACUACCUUGUUGCGAUGUCAUACACUUUGACGGCACAUGCUGGUGCCUUGUAAUUGUUCAUCACUAAACGUUAUUUUGCAUUGUGUUCUAAGAGACUCAAAGCCUUACUAUAGCGAGUUUGAUGAAAUUUCAUUGAAUCAAUGUGACCAAAGUGCACGGAAAGACUUUAAAUUUGUGACACCUCUAAAGGGACUGACAACCGAUUUUUCUUGACCCAGCUUUCUAUUGCACAACAGAAAGCUUAUCUUGCAUAGUGUUUGUAGCUGAAGUGGUUGAUCCAAAAAGCCCAUCGUUAUUUCAUAAGCAUCAUUUUUCUAUUUGAAAAGCCUCCGAAGUGGACAAAGUAGUUAUCCAGCAAUGCUGUAAAACGAUAGCAAAGCCGAUAUCCCACCUCGCAUUACGCUCAAGGUUCUGCUUCCACAGGAGCAAGUGAAACUGUGGUUAACCACCUUCAUAGUGACAUCAUCGACGGGUUUUUGAAUAUAAAAAGCAUACAAAUAUCGAAAUAUGUGGGAUAGAAGCCUACAAUACAGAUACUGAGGUACAUUUGCUUUUGGCGCAACAGGAUAUUUUGAAGAUACCUAUACAUAAUGAAACAAAUAUCCCAGAAUACAGAUACAGUGAUACAGUUACUAAAAUCAUUUUUUUUUAUUUCAAGGAUGCUUAUACUCUGCAGACAUUAUUGACAUCAUAAUGUUCUCAAUAAAUCAACUUUGUUUCCUUUCAAUAUGAGGAGUAUGGGAUUAAAAGUUCGAAAGCCUGACGAGGCCCCGACACUGUUACAAGUUGGCAAAGCAGUAGUAUAACGGAUACUCAUACAUGUCGAAUAUAAAAUAAACUGACAUCAAAGAAUACAAAAAUUUUAAACAAAGCACUACAAAUAGAGAGUGAGGGAAUACAUAUGUCUAGUUGUGAAGUGGCAUUAACAUGAAAAGCAACAAUAGAUAAGAAAUGCAAACAAAAUUCAGAGAGAUGUAUUAUUCGGAAAAAUAAAUUAGCUGGGCAAAGCAUUUUAACGUAACAAUUUUGAUUAGACGAAGGAUCAAAAUCUUCGUGGUUCAAGAAGUAUAGUAGGGAAGGUAGGCUGUUAAUUUCUAGCGCAUUGAAACUUGCGGUUAAAUUAUUUAUUUAUCCAAGUACAUUCGUCAAGACAUUACAGAAAGGGGACGCUAGCCUAGCCCUAUUACACACAUAGUCAUAUCUCCUCGUUUUAACUUAGAAAAGCUUAUAAUAAAGUUUGCUGCAUUUCAACACUAAUAUAGAGAGAAUCCAUAGUGUACACCACUAAUGGUUCAUGUUAUCGCCAACGAGUGCACCUUCAUUCUUUUGCCACGAGAGGCACCGAAAGUAAUCUUGAGUGAAGAAAUAAAGACAUCAAUCCGCACUGGAUGAGAAAAACGGUGUUUGUUUCAAACAGAUACAAGAGAUGAUCAUUCCAUUAGUAGGGUUACCUCAAUACAUGUUCUGAAUGGUUGUCUGUACCUUAAACAUGCUGAUGUUUUGGCACAAAAUUUAAACAUGAUGCUUUAUUUCAUCUUUAUGCAACUCGUGAUGGCAAAAUUAAUAACAAUAGUUGUAAAAGUAUCAAAAUAUUUGAUUCAGUGUUUCUCUUUAGUGUCUCUUUAAGCCAGUAAAGAUAAGUGCUCACAGAUGUUGCCACUCUUUAUUUCAUUUAGGCACCUGAACAUCGGUUCAAUAGUCAUAUUUGGUGUUGUUUAUGGACUUAUUAAUAUCCUUUGUAUGCGAGCAACGGACGAUUUGCUCGGUAACCGCUAUUAGCAGCUCAAUAUACAUAUAUAAGCUCGGUAACUUAUCCCUAGCUAAUGUGAUGGUGGUUAUUGAUUGCGUGCAGCCGCAGCCAUGACUAUGUGAAACGCACAAGCAGCCGGUUUUCGCUCUGCGGGGCGACACCUUGAGACAGUUUCAGGCUCUGAUGUGGUCAACUUGACUACCAGGCUGUGCAUGUUCCCGACAUACCUCGUCAGAACCUGAAAUCACCCCAAGAUGUCGCCCUGCAGAGCGAAAUCCGGCUGCUCGUGCGCUCUCCCCAGACAAGGCCGUGGCUUUACAUACCGGAGUGCUCUUUUCUUUUUAUUAGAAGUAUUAAAGAACGUUUUGCUCUUACUGAUGCCUUGCUUUUGCUCAAACUUCAUAGCAUGAUUGCAGUUUACAAUUCAAAUUGUUCAAUAAAAGAUAUGGCAUCUGAAGCCUGCAGGUUUCUCAUCUUGCUAAGGGAGACGAGUGUGUGGAAGGUUCCUUUGCCGCCCCCUACUAUGACUGACACCUAUGCUUCACACUGUUACUUGCCUGGUUUGUCAAGACCAAGAAUGUUGCCUUUACCUGCUGCUUUCACAGAAACUGAUGUUCAAACACGACAGCUGUUAUGAUACUCUGUUCCCUCCAUAGCGUGCAUUGCAGUGAAGCAUAUUCUUCGACGUGUGGAUGCCAAAAACACGUAAAUUUUCAGUUGGAAAAACUGGACAAGUGUUGAAGCCAAGUUUGAUAGAGCGAGCAACUAUAACAUAACAUGCAACUGCUGUGAAGAUGGAGCAAGAACAAAGCACUGUAAUCAGCGCAAAAUAAUUCUUUUGCUGCUUUUAAUAAAUAAAUGCACAUCAUGCAAUAAGCAUAGUAACGUCCUCGGAGUGCUGUAGCCAAGAUUUUUAGUAUUUCAAUCCAUUUCACUUCCAUCCUUCUGGUAACCUGUUUCAAUUUAGCACGAUUUUCUCACGGUAUAGUAAAGUUUCUGCAAGCGUUACGACACUGGAAGAUCACUUAUGGCUAUACUCCUGUUCCUUUUGUGUACCGAUUUAUUUAUUCAUUUUCAAACUGUUGCUUGCAAGUACAUCUGUAUGUAUAAUGACAUUUUGUUUUAAUCAGAAAAAA